AUGAGAAUUUCAUUUUUCAGAUUAUGGCAUCAGUUGACUGUUGAGUUGGGAAAAGUUGUAGUCGAUGAAGAGUUUAUAAAGUCUUUGGACUUAAAUGAAUUUUACGAAAAUUUCAUUUGGGAUUUUGAACAUCGCAUUAAUCCUCUUCAACUUGUCGAAAUCGUUAUCCCUGUUGCUAAAUACAUUUUUGUACGUAAAGAUAAAGAAUCUGCUUAUGAAUUUUUGAAGAAAAUAGAAAAAACUGUCUGCAAGGAUAAAGCAGCUGUUGUGAGAGUAUGGACGGGGCAGAUUGAAUUGCGUUUAAUGCACAAAGACAAAGCUGAUCGUUGUGUCGAUAUUCAAAUAAUAAGAAAACUUAUUGAAGAGACUCAAGAAAAAAUCGAUGAAUUGCAGGGAGUGACUCCAGUUCACGCUCCAUUUUAUAAGGUAUCUUCAACCUAUCUGAAAGAAAUUGGAAAUUAUGCCGCGUAUUAUCGUGAAGCACUUCGAUAUUUAGGUUGUGAGAAUCCAGAUAAUUUAUCACAAACAGAAAAGCAAUUGCAAGCCGUCCUCUUAGGUUUUGCAGCUAUGCUUGGAAACGAUGUCUACAACUUUGGAGAAUUGUUGGCACAUCCUAUUUUGAAAUCUUUGGAAAAUACACAGGAAAAGUGGAUAAUAGAUGUCCUCUAUGCUUUUAAUUGUGGCGAUUUGAAAACAUUUCGUAGAUACAAGAAUCAAUGGUGUGAAUGGGAAGAUCUUCAGAAACACCAAAUGUUUCUCGAAGAAAAAAUUCGCUUAUUAGCAUUGAUGGAGAUCGCUUGGGCUCGACCAUCAAAAGAGAGGUUUAUACCUUUCAGCGAAGUCGCUGAACGUGCAGAAAUUGAUUUCGAUAAAGUAGAAUUUUUAGUAAUGAAAGCCUUGAGCAAAAAUUUGGUAACUGGGUCAAUCGAUCAAGUCAAUCAACUGAUCAAUAUUGCAUGGGUGCAACCUCGAGUAUUGUCUAAAGAGCAGAUAAUGGCAAUGAACGAUAGAAUUGGAAUGUGGUGUUCUGAAGUGGAAGCGAUGCAAACAUUGGUUCGUGAAAAUGCUGAAGCAAUCCUCAUAUCAGUAUAA